UCCUUGACGCCCGUACCUGCGUGUUGGUAUAUCAAACACGCGAUUGGUUAUAAUUCAGCAGCCAUUUAAACAUCAAAAGAAAACAGAAGCAAAACCGAAACUGCAGCAGCUGAUAGCAAACAAGCAGAAGGAAGGGCGGGGUUAUACAUUUGUGUGGGACUCUCGAACUUAUAUUUACAAAUGGAAGUAUUUUAGACACCGGAACUUCUAGGGCAUACAAUGCAGAAUAAAUAUAAUGGAUGCAUUAAUGCAAACUACUUAAUGUUGCAGCUGUAGUGCUGAGAGACUUCUACUGUCGCUUGUUGGCAUCAAACACCCGAUUGGCUAUAAAUUACAACAGCAGCCGUUAAACGUUAAGGGAAGAAAGUGAGUGAACUGCGUCACAAGCAGAAGUAAACGAACUCUUACACUGCGGGCUGAACACAAGAUUAUUCUGUUUGGAACUAGGCUGCUGGACAUAUAUUCAUAGUUAACAAGAAUAUUUUUUGGUCGGCGGACAAAAAACCCUUUUCCUGCAGAAUGCAGCUUUUCGUCGUUGGGCUGAUCUUAUUGGUUGUUAAACGUACCGCUCUUUCAGGAGGGAGUCUUGUGAAAAAAAUCACAGCGGUCCGCGGCAGUGAUGUCUGGAUCGAAUGCAUGUUUGACGCUGCCAGGAUGAGACAAGACGAGCCUGUAUGGUGGCUCCACUGUGAGAAUUCAAACUGCAUAGAGAUCCAGCACUUCAUUGGUGGCGUGGAUCAGCUACAGCACAGGACAGCCUCCAGGAGGGGGCGGGUUUACCCGGAUAAAUUGAGAGAGGGAAAUGCCUCCCUUUUCAUUGAGAACGUGCAGAUGUCUGAUGAUGGGCAUUAUGAAUGUACUGUCGUAUUGAGAGAACGUCCUGACACUAAAAUCUCUGUUUUAACUGUUCUAGCCUCUUACGGACCCCCUCAGUUGACAGAAGCCCUGGACACUCGCUCCUUCACCUGCUCUUCUAGAAAUGGUUUCCCUCCUGCGCUGGUGACCUGGACCGGUGGCAGUGGGAUGACUUACACUCCGGAUUCAGUCACGCAGCACACACUGAAUCCAGAGGGGCUGUAUGAUGUUGUGAGUAAAUUAACAAGGAGUUUUACUGAAGAGGAAACAAUCUGCUGUGCAGUGUGGAACCAGCCUCUCCAAGAACACAAAACCAACUGCAUGCGAGUCACUCCAGGACAAGAGACCGAUGAUCAGCACAUUACAAUGACAUCAACCCUAAUCCCUGUCGCCCUUUUCAUCCUGGCUUUUGUUGGGUUCAUGAUAUACCGGUAUCUCAAAGGACAACAGAAUCGAGCCAGAAUGCGGAAGAGGAUUUUUAGUUGCUCAAACCACACGGUCAUUGUUCUGAUUGGGAGACCACACCAUGCGGUGCGGUCGGUCAUCAACUCCUGUGUGUUUGCCUACAAGGCUGAAGAACCCUUUAAAAACUUGGCUGGUGCUGACAAGGAACCCCCUUAUUAUGCCCAGCCUGAGGAGGUGCCCCUGACGGAGCACAUCACCUUCACCAGAGCACUGCUGGAAAAGGAGGACCGGUUCUGGACCGACGAAAGGGAGGCCUACCUGGACAAGUGGAGAAAGGAAGCCCAGAGUCACAGACGCCCUUUUGUGUUUGUGCACAGUUGCAUCAACAAGCUGACAGCAACAACCAAAGAUGAAAUUCAAAAACUGUUUGAAGACGUUAAAAGUGUUACAGGCUCAUACCCUUUCACUGCGCUGACCAUGAAGAACUUUGAAAAAGCAGAUGAUCUGGAACCUUUCUUCAAGGAUCUGGGGAGUAAACGGGUGUUUUCAUUUCACAACUACACGAUACACGACCCCAAGAGAAAUGCACAGAGGGAUGAGGAGUUUUUGGAUUUCAUGAAUGCCUGUAUUGAUGAGGCUGUUGACACAAAAUCUGAGACGGUGCCCUUAAUAGAGGAUAAUUGAUGUAUCCUUCACACACACACACUGUAUCCUGGAAAACAGUACAGUAUAAGUCAUUCCAAUUAAAAAUAGUCUGGGAGGGUUUUCUGUCGACACACAAUGGCAUUACUACGUGGCAACCGCCACACAAUGUGCUGCAAGAAGCGCAGCACUUGCUCAUUCUUAAAUGAAUGCCAGUAAGCCUGGCCAGGCAAUCUAGUUCACGUUCAAUGCAUCUGGUUUAUCUCCAUAUAUUCUUUUUGUUGCCUAGUUUUUUAAAACUCCUUUGGCAUCUAGUGUAACUCAUGUCUUGGUACCCUUUUAUAUUAGGGUUAAAACAACAUUUUUCUGGCUAUGCACGGUUGUAUUUGGCCCCUUCUGCUAUCCGUAGGGGACGGAGCUUCCUUUGUUUUUGGAGCUUGUUAGUGGUAAGGUAUAAAAGCACAAAAAAAAGCCAGGUAUUGAGGUGACUUGCUGUUCCUGCUGUGGUUGAAGAAAGAGAACGUAGUUUGUUUUUUUCCUAAAAGCUUUUAAAAGUGUUAGUCUGUGUGUUGCAUGCAGCUGUUUUUUUGUUGGUCAGCGUAUUUAUCCUACCGGUUUCAAUAUGUGUUUGGACUAAUAGAGCAACAGACAUACAGUUAUACUAGCAUGCAGGUCUUUCAUUUUUGAAAAGUUUCACGUGCCAUUUUCUCUAACAACCCCUCAGUUUGAUUUAUUUAUUUUGCUACUUUGAAUCACUGUUAAAUUGCUACGAACCAAGAAUAAAUUUCAACCAUAUGAGAUUCCCAGCGGGAUAUGAACUGGAGGAGCUACACAGCUGAUUCACUAUGACCGGGUGAGAUCAAACCUUUUUUUUAUUUCUGCUAGGUUGUGGAUUACAAAAAUGGCCAUUAAGUUUUUGUUUAAGAGCAUUUUUUUCCUUUAUUGAAUCUGUGGCAGGGCAGAAGCCCUGAAUGUGUAAAGCCCUGAAGUGUGUGUUAGAAAUGGCAGGGUUUCCAGCCCUGGUUGUCUUGGGUGUGUUUUUGGUGGUGGUGGCAGAGUGUAGCCAGGUGUUGAUUGAAUUAUUCGUUCUCAAUCAACCCUGGCCACAUGGUAUUUAAGGGAGCUAAAGAACUCCAUUUAGGCAGAGAGCCUAGGAGAGACACACGCUCCUGAACUGUUUAAAAACUUCACUGUGAUAGCACUGCUUGGGUGACGGUUCUUUUGUUUGUUCAUUUUUGUGGUACGUGAUUGUUUUUGUUAUAACCUUUAUUUUGCUCUGAGCUGUGUUCUGCUUUCUUAUUUUUGUUUAAGAAACCUGCACAGCAGUGCUUAAACUGCAGUUUUGCUGUCACAGACUCUCUGUCCACCCAGCCACCCUGUCACAGGAUCUCUUAUUUUUUGGAACUGUAUUGAACUUUUAUUUAUUUUUUUAACUUGUUAUGUUUGCUAUAAGACCAAGACUGAAACAUUGAUGUGCAAAUAUUACUGUACAGAUGUAAGGUGCAGCCGCACAGAUUUUCUGAAUAAGCAGUCUAAUUAUUUAGAGGCAGAUCUUUGUUUUGUUUCUGUUUCCUUUCCUCUUAAAUCUAUUCAGCAAUGUUCGGUAGAAAAGGCUUGUCUUUCUAACCGGUAUUAUGUUUGUAGCUACUCAGACACGUGAUAUUUCUCUUUUCUACCAGCUGCAAUGGUUUUGUUUAACAUUGAAAGGGUGGUUUGUACUUUGAAAGUUUUCUGAUACUGUUUAAGUCCUACUACACAAAGUUCUCCAUGUACACAUGUUUCAUUACUGCUAUAUUUGCUAAUAGUAGUAUAUAAUAAACCGAUGCUGUUAAAGUUUA